AGAUCUUUCAAUCAUCUUAAGAUAACUAGAUGAUAACAUAUGAAUGAUGAUGAAAAAAAUUCAGUUUGCUUGGCACAGUUAACAUCUUCGAAAAGAUCGAACUACGCUGUACACACCGCUAUCAACACCCUCGUUGCGCUCUCCCUUCAGCAUCCCUUCAGCAUCAUGGAGCGAGGCUAAUACAAAUUUACGAUGUGAAUAUCCAACAACGCUGGAAAAUAAGUCCAAUUGUGUGCGGAAUCCUAUUUUUGCAGCGAAACAAUGUCCCUUCGAAAACCUCCGUCCAGCUCGUCGCUUCUCUCGCCAGCCGCAUACGACGAUGAUGUUCGUUCUCUGAGAUCACUGUCGGAUCAGGACUCGGACUCGGAAGAUGAUGAGCUUGUAAAAGGCUCUAGGACGACCUUGGAGUUGUCCCGGCACGAUAGAACUGUUCUGGAGGAGGAGGAAGAACGUGAGCGGCUGCUCGUAAAGAAGAGCCCAACGCAUGGGCUCCGGAGAAUAUUUGGUCAUGAAAAUGGCAACAGCGUGCGCAUUGGGAAACAGGAGAGGAGAAGACAGCGGCGUUUACAGCGAAGAGCAGAACGGAUAAAGAGCAUGGGCGACAAAGAAGAGGAAGAGGGCCUCAUGUUCGAAAUGGAAGAAGGCACCUUUCAUGACGAUGCAAGCUCCGACUCAUCAGCGGCAUCAUCGGAUUUGGUCCAUGUUACGGUAGGUAGUUGUAACUACAAAUCAUCCAGAAGUUCAUGGUGUUGGAAAUUAGCCCUGUUAUCUUUGAGUAUUAUAAUUCUAUUCCUUAUUCUCUUCUUGGGCGCGUACAAGGAGUCAAUUGGUUUCCGAACCUCUCGCCGGCAACGCACUAUUUUAUCGAAUGGUACUUCUCUUUUCCUCCCAACGACGAUUCUUAUCUCCUUGGAUGGAUUUCGAGCCGACUUUCUCAACCGCGGUCUUACCCCAAUGCUCAAUUCAUUUAUCGCUAACGGAGUGUCCCCAUCAUACAUGCUUCCCAGUUUCCCUAGCGUAACUUUUCCUAACCACUUUACCCUGGUGACUGGGCUUCACCCUGAAAGCCAUGGUAUUGUGGGUAACACCUUCUGGGAUCCUGCCCUUGGGGAAGAGUUUUAUUAUACUGAUCCUGCCAGAAGCAUGCAGCCGAAGUGGUGGAAUGCAGAGCCAUUGUGGGUGACAGCUGAAAAGCAGGGCGUUCGGACAGCCAUCCAUAUGUGGCCAGGUUCCGAAGCCCACAUCGGCAGCAUUGAACCCACGUACCUUGAUAAAUACAAUGGGAGGGAAGACUUGGUUCAAAAAGCCAACCGAGUGAUCUCAUUUUUGGACUUGCCGGGCGACAAAGAAGCUGAAGACUUGCCACCAACCACUAGUAGACGGCCGCAACUCAUAGCCGCAUAUGUGCCUAACAUCGAUGCGGAUGGACAUACUUUUGGCCCGAAUAGCACUGAAAUCCGAAAUACGAUAGCUCAGGUAGAUCAAAUGCUUGCAAAUAUUUUCCAGGGGCUUCAUGACCGUAAUCUGACCAACAUCGUCAAUGUGGUCAUUGUAUCUGACCAUGGCAUGGCAACCACCUCAACGGAUCGCUUGGUCCAGUUGGAGGAUCUAAUCAAUAUUGAUUUGGUGGAUCGCCUCGAUGGGUGGCCCCUCCGGGGCAUACGGCCCAAACGGCCUGAAGACCUCGAAACCCUCAAGCAGCAGCUAGCUGAAUCAUCCAAGCCAUAUCGCGAUUCAAUCGAAGUUUACACCCGGGAAACGAUGCCUGAUCGCUAUCACUUCUCCCGUAACGAUCGUAUCGCACCGCUAUGGGUAAUACCCAAAACAGGGUGGGCCAUUGUUGAAAGAACGAGUUUCGAUGUUAAGGAGGCGAAAAAGAACAACGAAGUUUAUCACCCGAGAGGCCUACAUGGAUAUGACCACGAGCACCCUCUCAUGAGAUCCAUUUUUGUUGCUCGCGGCCCCAAGUUCCCUCACAACCCAAAUAGUCGUAUGAAAAAUUUCCAAAAUAUCGAAGUAUAUAAUAUCGUCUGCGAUUCCUUAGAAAUAGAACCCCAUCCAAAUAACGGGACUCUCCGCCUCCCUCUAAAUCCUAUAGGUCUUCAUUCUCCCGAAAAUUCUCCAGGUGCCGAAACCCCAGACGAUCCGCCUAUUAGCACGAGCCCUAGCAAUGCUGCUAUUACCUCCAAGCCUCAUACAGAUGCACCCAACCAGCCACCAGUAACGAUAUCUGCCGAUGCCCCAGACCCGACCUCUAUAUCCGAAAAUAGUGGGCAAGACAGCGACGCCUCUUCUAAGAGCUCACCAUCCCUGUGGGAUAAACUUCUCGAUAAAAUCGAACAGCUAAAGAAUUGGACCCAAGGACUUCUAGAAUCUAUCGAUGGAUGACAUAUCAUGUCUCCAUUUUCCAUUUACUUUGGGGGAUAUAACGUCUUCGCCGAUCUUGUACACUUUGAUAUAUUACCUCUUGUUUGUCUCAAUUACCGAUACCCAGCACAGUUGCACACCGUAACAUUGAUUUUUGCCAAACUUCGUCGUUGCAUGUAUCUGCGUCCUUUACCACUUUGGUUUAGAUUUUUUUGGAGUUUUGGAAUUGUUUUUGUUCUCUGCAUCUGUUCCUAUUGUUCCUAGACUGAUUGAUGUGCGGCUCAAUUUGAUAGCUCGUAGUCGACAGGUAUCUUGUUGCCUUUGCCCCAUACUCCCUCUCGACUUUCCUUGCGUUUCCUCCUUCGAAGCGUUUUGUUUGUAUACUUGAAAGAUAGUUUGACUUUGUUUUACUUGUCAUAGCUGGCUACUUGUUUAAAUUUAAAUUUCCCUUUCUGAUUUUCUUAUUUUUAUUUUACAUUAGGUGUCUGGCGAACAGGAGUAUGAAUGAUGAGAGUCAUAUUUUUCAGCUAUUGCAUGAACUUCGUCUAAUUACAGGAGUCUUUUCGCGUGAGGUUGUUUGGGUGCGUUUUGCAACGCGGCCUGGGACUGGGCUUGGAACUCGGGUCCGGUGGUUGAUAUCAGCGCUUGGGGUUUUGACUUGGUAGAGUCGUUUCUGUUUUGACUGUGUUUUCCCGCGGAGUAUUUGAAUUCUCUAUCUAAUUGACUAUAGAUGGCCCGGUAUAUGCCCGGGGGGGUGUGGAGGGGUGUGAGCAAUAGUGCAAUUUCCUGGCUUUAUCUCGCUGCUUGACCCUCUUCCGUCCUCAUCUGGCUCCACAUGCAAAUCAUUUUUCAUGAUCAGUUUUGCCAUCACUGUCACUGCUGAAGCGACAAAUCCAGCUUUGCCAUGCUGGUGACUGAAAUUUCGGCGCGUUCUCUGAACAUCUCUACUGCGACAACUCGUUGCGGUAGGGAUAUAGUUGCUCCGGCAUCGUGUUAAAGUACACUGUGGAAGCAAAGUAAACCCAUAUUCCCGGUUCUAAUGAGCGGAUGACAUAUCUGGCGGCGACGAAAAUUGCUGAAAUUCCAAUGAGAUAGUAGAAGCAUAGAGAAGUCAGGAAUGGCGGGACAUCCCCAGGCGUUCUAGGGUGGGAGAGAUCCAACCAGUUCACGGUUGGCCGUUCCUUACCAGCACAAGCACUGUUCUCCAAACAGCUGCGGCUAACGAUGUCAUCCAGGAUAGUUAACUCAGUUACAGCCCGUAGUUAAGCAGUUAGUUGUGGUCAUCUUGGACGCUAGUCAAGGAGAAGUAUGGAGUAGCACCGUGUGGAGGGCUGUUUUCGGUCUCUACAUAUUCGCUGCGUAUAUACAUAAAAAUUGCCCAAAAAUUUGGAUGACCACAGGAAUUCAGAAGACUGGCUUUUACACCCAUCUUCCACGGAUAUUGAACUGUGCCUAGA